AUAAAAAAAUAAAUAAAUAAAUGCAGUCAAAUAGGCGUAAUACGAUUCAGUUAUGAGGCGAAUAGUUCAAGAGUGAGUUGUGAUUAGGAUGUGAAUAGGAACAAAGGAAACUGUGAAAUAAUGUAAGAGGCCUAAAAUCACAAAUGUUAUUAGGAGUUAGAAAAAGACAAGCGCACAAACAUCGAGUCAGUAGAAGUCAACACUGUUGGUCAUGUGACGCUUUUGCACGUGUUUUUUUUAUAUUCAUUUAUUGGUUACUAUUAAUUGAUCUUUAAUAACGAUGGUUCAAAAUUCUAAAAAGCGUGUUCGUAUAAACACCAGUAAUUUAGAAAAUAGCACCUAUUCGUCUAAUAACACUUUACCAUCCCUUAUUAUAAGUAGUUCACCCAACAUGAAAGACUCGAACAUAACUCAGACCCCUGUAAUACAGGUGGAAGAUGUUCUGUCUGAAAAGGUAGAGCUUUCUUACUUAACAUGCAUAAUUAAAGAGAUGCAGCUACAGAUAGAUGAAUUAAAAACGAAAUUAAGUUCACUAGAAUGUAUACCCGAAACUAUCUCACAUAUGAAAAAGGAACUGCAGGAUCCUACAAUCCUAAAGCUUUUUAAUAUGACUUCUAGAAUGACUCAUACUGAUUCAAAAAGUACGAUUGAGUUAGAAAACGCCAUCGACUUUCUAUCCAGCGAAGUUGUUAAAAGGCUGGCUUCAAAACAAAACGCUAAAAUGUAUAAUGUAUCGGAUAGCGAGCCCAUAAAGUCAGUCCACCACUCAUUGCUGAAGGCUGCAAAUCUCUUGAGUGCACCUUGUCAGUGCAUUCGCCUAAGUAUAAAAGACCUAAAGCAUCCUUGUCCAAUACUCUUUAGGUUCGACAGCUACAUAAUAGCUGAACGAUUUAAGAUGGCCGAAGAUCUUCUGGCUACUGCCACUAAAUUCAAGACUAUUAAAGUAAUCUCAGAUAAAACACCUAACCAAAAGCAAGCAAAGUUGACUACACUGAGAAAUACAUCUGGUAUGAGUGCUGAAGUGUCGAUGGACACUGAAGCACAGCUAGUCACCUGUAUAGCGUUGGGAGAAUAAACGGCAAGUAAAAGCGACCCGAAACUCAGUAAGAGCAGUGUCACUGGGUGCAAUCUUAGAGUACAUGAAAGCACAUCUCGAAAACCUGCUUACCUACAUGAGGUUGACAUAGACGCACAAACUAUGGCUGACCAGAGACCACUGGCAGACCACACUCAAUCUGGAUCCAAGCCA